AUGUCGGAAGAAGACAAGGAGCUUCUGGCUCGCAUCGGCCAGCUCGCCGGACAAAUCAACCGGCACAAGAAUCAACAAACUGGAUCUGGCCAAGCACAGAGCAUGCACCCGGCACCGACACGGCAUAAUCAAUAUCGACACUCAGCCGCCCCGUACGCUUACUCGCGUGGCGGCUAUAGAGGUGGACGAGGACGGGGCGCACCGGCACCACACCGCCAUCGCACUCUUCAUCUGAACAACUCGCGGCCUGGCACCGAGGCCAGCACCCCCAGCGGCAGCGUCACCCCCGAUGGUUCGACAGCCUGGGUGACGAGAAACGACCGGCACCGCCAGCUCAUCAACGCGAACGUGUACGAGAAAGAAGCACAGAACCGGGUCAAGGCCAUCGAAGAGACGCGCCAGCGCAAGAUGCGAAAUCACCGAUACAAGGAGAAGAUGCGGUUCAACGACUUCAUGCUGCAGCAGGUUUCGUCAUCUGCCGUAUCUAACCCAUCACCCCAGGAUGCCAGAAAUGAGCUUACCAUUGCCGGGCUGCGGUUCCGCGUCAUGGACGGAGGAAAGAAGCUGGCAAGGAUAAAACACGACUCCACCGCCUCGAUCGAAACGCCCAAGACUACCACGAUUGCCGGUGUCGUAUUCCAUCGGACCAAGACAGGCAAUCUCGUCGCCAACCGCGUGGUGCAGGACCAUCGGCGAUCCGGCGGCGUCAAGAAGAUCGACGUGCCGUGCAGGAUCUUCUCUUCGACUGGUUCAUGCCCCAAGGGCCCAUCGUGUCGGUUCAUACACGACCCGCACAAGGUCGCCGUGUGCAAGGACUUUCUCAAGGACGGGAAGUGCGCCAACGGCGAGUCGUGCGACCUCUCCCAUGAGCUGACCCCGGAACGAGUGCCCAACUGCCUGCAUUAUGCCAAGGGCUACUGUGCCAAGCCCGAUUGCGUGUUUACUCACUCCAAAGCAGCUCCCACUGCGCCCGUGUGCGAGGCGUUUGGCUUCUGCGGCUACUGCGACAAGGGAGCCGAGUGCGGCGAGCGGCACGUCUUCGAAUGCCCUGACUUCAGCAACACGGGCGUGUGUAAGAACAAGGGAUGCAAGCUACCGCACCGCGAGAGGGCAAGCGUCCUUCGAGGCAACGCAGCCGGGGCGGACCAAGACAUGGACGACGUGUCUAGCGACGACGGCUCGGUAGACUUGGACGACGUCGAUUCAGACGACGUGGCCGAGUUUAUCGAGGCCGACUCGGACGACUCGGACUAUGAGAACCCCAAGGACUUCCUGCCCAUCUAG